AGUCAAUUUUGGUUGGAGCCGUUGGAUCUUAUCGUGCUGAGAUUCAAAUUCAUUGGACGCGCACUUGCUGCCUGACCAACCUUGGAACAGGGCUAUGUCCAUCCCGACGACACCGUCUGAAUCUCCAUCAGAGCAGACGUUCGAAGAGAAGCUGCAAGAGUAUGUAGACGCCUUACUGCGUCUGGGGAUCAGCGUACACGAUUUUGAACCUGAGAACGCCGAGUCACUGUUUGACCAAAUAGACGGCCUUGUUGACGAUCUCAACGAACUCAAUGCUCUCAAAGAGCAGGUCGAUAUUGAAGUUCCUGGAAAUGUCCUAGACCAGGUGGAGGAUGGCGCCAACCCGGACAUUCUCGUGAGAGAUUGGGCUCAGACGCUUGUGGACAAAAAUCAAAAGACGCACGGUCAUAUAUGUGCUCUACAGGAGUUACAUGACCAAAUACAGAAUGAAAUGAACUUGCAUUUUCCAAAUCUAAUUCCCGAUCACCCAAAUCCGUCAAUAUCAGAACCCAUCCCUUCAUCACAAUCACUUCCAUCCCCACUGCAUGCCAUCAAGUCGGAGGUUCCCCAGCUAUCAUCGACAAAGCAGGAACCAGUCACAUCAACUCUUGUGGAGGAUACAGCACCCACGUAGUGGGCUUGUCCUAGCUGCUUACUAUCCGUGUUCCAAUAGUGCAAAUCUCUUACUAUGGGUAGGUUCAAAAUUAGUGUCGCCUCUCUACGGAGGUGGACGAUACGAUUUGCAUAAUGUCAAUACUUAAUGGAGGGUGCAGUUGCAAAUACAUCACUACUUUUGCAUAUACUGUUUUGUAAUGAAAGAAUCGAGCAUCCAACAAGGUUGGCAUUUGACCUUUGAG